AGUCGGAGGGAGGGGAGCGAGCGGCAGCACCCCCGGCCCCGACUCACCCGCUGCUGCCCGCCCAGGUCGGUGCGAGCUCCGCGUUUGUGCGUCCGUGGCCGGGGUGAGGCGGGCAGGGGCUGGCUGCGAGCGGGAGUGCUGCGCGGGCACCUGUGAAGUGCGGGGCGAAGAAGGGAAGAGGGAACAGGGGUUUCCACCCGUGAGAGCAGCUUCUCUCCUUCCCGCGGCUGCUGCGGAGCGCGGCCGGGCACGUCGCUUUUCUCGCGGUUGCCGUGGGGUGUGAGCGCGCUGCCCGGGCACGCGCGGAGGGGAUUCCCGCUGUCUCCGUCAGGAUCCCGUGCUUCAGCUCGGCGGAGGCAACGCGCUGCCCCACUGUCGUGCGAGUUGGAAGGCGCUUUCAAGCGGGGUGCUCGCAGGAUCCGAUAGCGGACAGCGCCCCGAAGAGAGUCGAGAGGGGGCCGGGGUGGGGCUGCAGGUGGAUGGCGCCGAGCCGCGGCCCCUCAGGGCGGGCUGAGCCGCGCCGCGAGGGCUGCGGGAGGCGAGCGGGACGUGGCCGCCGAGGGGCUGCCGGAACCGGGCUGGGGCGCCCUGCCGAGCCCCCCGUUCCUUCCUGCCCUGCUCGUUCGGGGGCGGCCGCCAUGGCGGCGGGGCUGCGGCUCCCUCAGCGCGGCGGAGGGCUGGGGCGGGUCACGCUGCUCUGUUCGCCUGCGGGACGUCGACCUCACUGAGCCUGCUGCCGUUCCCAGACUCCGGCUGGGUGCUGGGUCAGGCUGCUCUGUGAGAAGCCACCGCGAUGUAACCGCGGUGGCUUGGUCCCUGUUCCUUGGCUGUAUUUAAGUGGUAACCAGAACCACGGCACUCCUCUGGCAGGUCUUGCCUAUGGGAGGUGGGCGUACAUCAGGUUUCUCUCGGACUGAGAGGCCUCACAGCUACCGCUUUCCGCUGAGGAAGGUGCCCCGUUGCGAGGCGCGUACAGCCCGGGCAGCCCACGGCACGGAGCGCGUGGGGAGCAGCGGUGCUCGAGGCAGGGCUCUUGGCUUGGGGUGGGGGCUGCAGUUUGGUCUCUGCUGUCAGAGCUAUUCGGUCAGAUAACUCUGUUACCAAUAGUUAAUAAAAGGAGAAAAGUAUAAAAAGCUGAAGGCUGUUUCUUCUCGUUCCCCGGUGAUGUCAGCCACGAGGUGGCUGCAGAAUCGUGUCUGCCUCUGUGGGCCACUCCUCCCCAUGUGAAGAAGUCAGCUGGUGCCUUGGUUCUGUUUUGUCCAGCACCAGUUACACUUCUGUCAAUAAAUCCUACCUUCCCUGUGCAAUGGCUUUUCUCCUAAAAAGUAGGAAGGAGUGUUCCCACACAGGGCUGCGUGCCGCUCAGUAUUUAUAGCUGUUAUUUGAGAGGAGGGUUUGUAUCAAAUCUAGCAAAUGAGGAGCUGACUCACAGCUGGGAGUGAAUAUUUCAGUACUGAGUUAUUACAUGGGAAGAAAUUGUUGAACAGUGUGGCUGCACCAAAGAAUGAGCUGCAUGCUGCUCCUUGAAGAGUCAACAUUUAUGUGUUUCAUGCUAUUUUUCUAAGACCCACUGAUACUGUAUACAUCAAGUGGGAAAAGAUGCUGUGUUGGAAUGAGGUACAGAGCUGCUUCCUCUUGGCUUUUUUAGCUGUUGCAGCUUACUCUGUCAGUGAUGCCCAGGGCCAAGUGUCCCCACCAACAAGGCUAAGGUAUAAUGUAGUCAAUCCUGACAGUGUACAGAUCUCUUGGAAAGCCCCCAAAGGGCAAUUCAGUGGAUAUAAGCUGCUUGUCACUCCAAGUUCAGGUGGAAAAACCAAUCAACUAAUUCUUCAAAACACUGCAACCAAAGCAAUUAUUCAGGGUCUCAUUCCAGAUCAAAACUAUGCCCUUCAGAUCAUUGCAUUCAGUGAUGACAAGGAGAGUAAGCCAGCCCAAGGCCAGUUCAGAAUUAAAGAUAUAGAGAGAAGAAAAGAAACAAGUAAAUCCAAGGUGAAGGAUCCAGAAAAAACAAAUGCGAGUAAACCAACUCCAGAAGGAAACCUGUUUACCUGUAAAACUCCAGCUAUUGCAGAUAUUGUGAUUCUAGUAGAUGGCUCCUGGAGUAUUGGCCGAUUCAAUUUCAGACUUGUUCGACUAUUCCUGGAAAAUCUCGUUUCUGCUUUCAAUGUGGGGUCUGAGAAAACAAGAGUAGGUCUUGCACAGUACAGUGGUGAUCCCCGAAUUGAAUGGCAUUUGAAUGCCUAUGGCACAAAAGAUGCUGUCUUGGAUGCAGUCCGUAAUCUACCAUAUAAAGGAGGGAAUACGCUAACAGGUCUUGCGUUAACUUACAUUUUGGAGAACAGCUUUAAGCCUGAAGCUGGUGCAAGGCCUGGGGUAUCUAAAAUCGGUAUAUUGAUCACCGAUGGGAAAUCCCAAGAUGAUGUUAUCCCUCCUGCUAAAAACCUACGGGAUGCAGGCAUUGAGCUGUUUGCUAUUGGUGUGAAGAAUGCAGAUAUAAAUGAACUCAAAGAAAUUGCCUCUGAACCUGACAGUACACACGUUUACAAUGUUGCUGACUUCAACUUCAUGAAUUCUAUUGUCGAAGGGCUUACCAGAACAGUGUGUUCACGAGUAGAGGAACAGGAAAAGGAAAUCAAAGGAACAAUUGCUGCUUCACUUGGAGCUCCCACAGAUUUGGUCACAUCUGAUAUAACAGCUAGAGGAUUCCGUGUUAGCUGGACUCAUUCUCCAGGCAAAGUGGAAAAAUACAGAGUUGUGUAUUAUCCCACUCGAGGAGGACAGCCUGAAGAGGUUGUGGUAGAUGGAAGUUCAUCAACGGCAGUUCUUAAAAACCUGAUGUCUUUAACCGAAUACCAGAUCGCUGUAUUUGCAAUAUACUCAAAUGCUGCUAGUGAGGGCCUCCGUGGAACUGAAACUACACUUGCCUUGCCAAUGGCAUCAGAUCUGAAACUGUAUGAUGUGUCACACAGCAGCAUGAGAGCUAAGUGGAAUGGAGUAGCGGGUGCCACAGGUUACAUGAUCUUGUAUGCUCCCCUGACAGAAGGGUUGGCUGCAGAUGAAAAGGAGAUAAAAAUUGGUGAGGCCUCAACUGAACUUGAACUGGAUGGACUAUUGCCGAAUACAGAAUAUACAGUCACAGUUUAUGCCAUGUUUGGAGAAGAAGCUAGUGAUCCCCUUACUGGACAAGAAACAACAUUACCUCUAAGUCCCCCAUCAAACUUGAAGUUUUCUGAUGUUGGACACAAUAGUGCUAAGCUAACAUGGGAUCCUGCUUCCAAAAAUGUGAAGGGCUAUCGCAUCAUGUACGUUAAAACAGAUGGAACAGAAACCAAUGAGGUGGAAGUUGGUCCUGUUUCAACACAUACUUUAAAAAGUCUGACGGCCCUUACAGAAUAUACUGUUGCUAUUUUCUCCCUGUAUGAUGAAGGACAAUCUGAACCACUUACUGGCAGCUUUACCACAAGAAAAGUUCCACCUCCCCAGCAUUUGGAAGUUGAUGAAGCAUCAACAGAUAGUUUUAGGGUCAGCUGGAAACCCACCUCCUCAGAUAUUGCUUUUUACAGAUUGGCAUGGAUUCCUUUGGAUGGAGGGGAAUCUGAAGAGGUUGUUUUAAGUGGAGAUGCAGACAGUUAUGUUAUUGAGGGUUUGUUGCCCAACACAGAAUAUGAAGUUUCUUUGCUGGCAGUUUUUGAUGAUGAAACCGAAAGUGAAGUUGUUGCUGUUCUUGGAGCUACAAUUGUGGGAACUACUGCAAUACCUACCACCGUCAUUACUACAACUACUACCACUGCAACGACUCCUAAGCCCACCAUAGCAGUUUUUCGAACAGGAGUCAGAAAUCUUGUUAUAGAUGAUGAAACAACCUCAAGUCUGAGGGUGGUGUGGGACAUUUCAGAUCACAAUGCUCAGCAGUUCAGAGUGACCUAUCUCACAGCCAAAGGUGACCGUGCCGAGGAAGCGGUAAGAACGAUAAUGGUGCCUGGGAGACAGAACACUCUUCUGCUUCAGCCUCUGCUACCCGAUACGGAAUAUAAAGUUACAAUUACUCCAAUCUAUGCUGAUGGUGAGGGAGUCAGUGUCUCAGCUCCUGGCAAAACGUUACCCUUAUCUGCUCCUAGAAAUUUACGUGUCUCAGAUGAAUGGUACAACAGAUUACGUAUUAGUUGGGAUGCCCCACCAUCACCAACUAUGGGUUACAGAAUUGUCUACAAAUCUAUCAAUGUCCCUGGUCCUGCAUUGGAGACCUUUGUAGGAGAUGAUAUUAAUACCAUUCUCAUUUUAAAUCUCUUCAGUGGAACGGAGUACAGUGUGAAAGUAUUUGCUUCAUACUCAACAGGCUUCAGUGAUGCCCUAACAGGCGUAGCCAAAACCUUGUACCUCGGUGUGACAAAUUUGGAUACAUAUCAAGUCCGCAUGACUAGUCUCUGUGCUCAGUGGCAGCUUCACAGACAUGCUACUGCAUACAGAGUAGUUAUAGAAUCACUUGUGGAUGGGAAAAAACAAGAGGUAAAUCUUGGUGGAGGGGUGCCCAGACAUUGCUUCUUUGAACUAAUGCCUGGAACUGAAUAUAAAAUCAGUGUCCAUGCACAGCUUCAAGAGAUAGAGGGCCCUGCUGUAAGCAUCAUGGAGACAACAUUACCAUUUCCAACUCAGCCACCAACUUCUCCUUCAACAACACCACCACCACCUACAAUCCCUCCUGCAAAAGAAGUAUGCAAAGCAGCCAAAGCUGACCUGGUGUUCCUAGUGGAUGGGUCAUGGAGUAUUGGAGAUGACAAUUUCAAUAAAAUAAUAAGCUUUCUGUAUAGUACUGUUGGAGCUUUGGAUAAGAUUGGCCCUGAUGGAACACAGGUGGCAAUAAUUCAAUUCAGUGAUGAUCCCAGGACAGAAUUUAAGUUGAAUGCAUACAAAACAAAAGAGACUCUUCUUGAGGCCAUUCAGCAAAUAGCCUACAAAGGAGGAAAUACCAAAACAGGCAAAGCCAUUAAACAUGCAAGAGAAGUCUUGUUUACUGGAGAGGCAGGCAUGAGAAAGGGCAUUCCAAAGGUUUUGGUUGUCAUUACUGAUGGGCGAUCACAGGACGAUGUGAACAAAGUCUCCAGAGAAAUGCAACUAGAUGGUUUCAGCUUUUUUGCUAUAGGAGUUGCUGAUGCUGAUUACUCAGAGUUAGUUAAUAUUGGCAGCAAGCCCAGUGAAAGACACGUCUUCUUUGUGGAUGACUUUGAUGCCUUUACAAAGAUUGAAGAUGAGCUGAUUACUUUUGUUUGUGAAACUGCAUCAGCAACUUGUCCACUGGUAUUUAAAGAUGGCGACAACUUUGCAGGAUUUAAAAUGAUGGAAAUGUUUGGCUUGGUUGAGAAGGAAUUUUCAGCCAUUGAUGGAGUUUCAAUGGAACCUGGUACAUUUAAUGUUUACCCAUGUUACAGACUGCACAAGGAUGCCCUGGUGUCCCAGCCUACAAAAUAUUUGCAUCCUGAAGGUCUCCCUUCAGAUUACACCAUUACAUUUCUCUUUCGUAUACUUCCCGAUACACCUCAGGAACCAUUUGCUCUUUGGGAGAUUUUAAAUGAACAAUAUGAACCACUGGUUGGAGUUAUUUUAGAUAAUGGUGGUAAAACUCUGACUUUCUUUAACUAUGACUACAAAGGAGAUUUUCAAACUGUGACUUUUGAAGGUCCUGAAAUAAGAAAGAUAUUUUAUGGAAGUUUUCAUAAGCUGCAUGUUGUUAUCAGCAAGACUACAGCCAAGAUAAUUAUUGACUGCAAAGAAGCAGGUGAGAAAACCAUUAAUGCAGCAGGGAACAUUAGUUCUGAUGGCAUAGAAGUGCUGGGAAGAAUGGUGAGAUCCAGAGGACCAAGAGACAACUCUGCACCAUUGCAAUUGCAGAUGUUUGACAUUGUUUGUGCUACCUCAUGGGCCAAUCGAGACAAAUGUUGUGAGCUUCCUGGCUUGAGAGAUGAGGAAAAUUGCCCUGCCCUUCCUCAUGCUUGUUCCUGUUCAGAAGCUAAUAAGGGUCCUCUGGGACCUCCAGGACCUCCGGGUGGUCCAGGUGUCAGAGGUGCCAAAGGUCAUCGUGGAGAUCCAGGUCCAAAGGGACCAGAUGGACCUCGAGGUGAAAUUGGUGUUCCUGGACCUCAAGGACCUCCAGGACCACAAGGACCCAGUGGACUUUCUAUUCAAGGCCUUCCAGGGCCACCGGGUGAAAAGGGAGAGAAAGGAGAUCUUGGUUUUCCUGGCCUGCAGGGUGUCCCAGGAGCAUCAGGUUCACCUGGAAGAGAUGGAGCUCAAGGUCAAAGGGGCCUUCCUGGCAAAGAUGGACCCACAGGCCCACAAGGACCACCUGGCCCAGUUGGCAUACCUGGUGCUCCAGGUGUUCCAGGUAUUACAGGAAGCCAGGGGCCACAAGGUGAUGUUGGAGCUCCUGGUGCUCCUGGACCUAAAGGUGAAAGAGGUGAACGGGGUGAUCUCCAGUCCCAAGCAAUGGUGCGUGCUGUUGCUCGUCAAGUGUGUGAACAACUCAUCCAGGGUCAUAUGGCCAGAUAUAACUCCAUUCUGAACCAGAUACCAAGCCAGUCUGUCUCAACACGAACUAUUGCAGGACCUCCUGGGGAACCAGGUCGGCCAGGGGCUCCAGGGCCACAGGGUGAGCAAGGAUCACCAGGCAUGCAAGGAUUCCCAGGAAAUCCUGGUCAACCAGGAAGACCAGGAGAAAGAGGUUUACCAGGUGAGAAAGGAGACAGAGGCAAUCCAGGUGUUGGAACUCAAGGACCCCGAGGCCCACCAGGAUCUACAGGACCUCCAGGCGAGAGCCGAACUGGCAGCCCAGGCCCACCAGGCUCUCCAGGCCCACGAGGCCCUGCUGGCCACACCGGGCCCCCUGGCUCCCAGGGCCCUGCCGGCCCCCCGGGGUACUGUGACCCCUCCUCCUGUGCUGGCUAUGGUAUGGGAGGUGGAUACGGUGAGCCAACUGAUCAAGACAUCCCAGUAGUGCAGUUGCCACAUAACUCCUACCAAAUCUAUGACCCCGAGGACCUUUAUGAUGGUGAGCAACAGCCGUACGUAGUUCACGGGUCCUACCCUUUACCAUCCCCAUACUCCCAGUCCUCCUAUCCAUCACCUCAUCUUGCUCAACCAGAGUUUACUCCAGUUCGAGAAGAGAUGGAAGCCGUUGAGCUGAGAUCCCCCGGAAUUAGUCGCUUCAGAAGGAAGAUAGCCAAAAGAAGCAUCAAGACUCUGGAACACAAAAGGGAAAAUGCAAAAGAGCCCUCUCAAUGAACUGUUUAGAAAGGGAAAUAUUUUAUGUGCAUCUGUAUUUGGCCCCCUGUCCAAGUGCCUAAUCUGUUGUUGAAGAUGUUUACAGGCUCUUAUAUUAAAGAAAAAUACAUGUACCAGACCAGUUGAAACAAGAAAUAAAGGUAAAAUUAUCUUGCAUGCCAGAAACUUAGUAUGUUAGUGGGUGAUGAUGGAAGAUCACUUUCAGAUCUUUCUCCAGAGUACAGUAUUCAAGCUGUACCUGAAAAAAUGCAUCUGGUUAGUUGGUGUAGAUAGAACCGUUCAACAAAGUUUAUGUUUUGUUACCCAUGUUUUUGCAGCUGACUGUUCUGUUAGUUUUGGAUGAAUUGCUUUUACUAGCAGAGUAACACUACUAAAUUCACCAGAAAAAAGUACAUAAUCAGGUUUCCUUAAAACCUUUCGCAAAGAAGUCUUAUCUUAACGGUAUUUGUUUUUAACCCACAUUAUGCAAACACUCGAGAAUGUUCUGUGGGAGUACACUGAUAAUUUAUUGUGAACCUCUUUCAUUUCUGUUUUGUAUGCAAAUAAAAGUGGCAAGCUUUUA